GCUUGGUCGCUCUCGCCACGAGCCCACGAACCCACACGCAGGAGGAAGGAGGCCACGACGCAGCGCAGCGCGUCUGCGCUUCUCCACCUCCCCCCUCCACCUCGACCUCGAUCUCCCCUCCCCUCCGCUGGCCAUGCAGCCCGCCCCCGCGUCGCCGCCCAAGGCCGACGGCGGCGAGGACGAGGAGGAGGAGUGCUCCAGGGCCGUGGUGAAGGAGGAGCCGCACCACCAGCAGGAGGAGGACGACGACGAUGCGGCUGCGGCUGCGGAUGGAGGGGAGGAUGAGAAGGAGAAAGUGGAGGAGGAGGAGGUGGAGGAGCGGGGGAGGAGGAGGAGGGGCAGGCCGGGGAGGAAGAGGGGGAGGCGAAGCGGCGGCGGCGGUGGUUCGGCUGCGGCUGCGGCGGCGGCGAGAGGAGGGGUGGUGAUGGUGAAGCGGGAGCUGCUCGCGAGGUGCAUGACGUGCCCGCUCUGCGGCCGCCUCCUCCGCGACGCCACCACCGUCUCCGAGUGCCUCCACACCUUUUGCAGAAAGUGUAUAUAUGAGAAGUUGAAUGAUGAGGAGGUAGAAUCCUGCCCAGUAUGUAAAAUUGAUCUUGGCUGCACUCCAGUUGAAAAGCUUAGGGCUGAUCACAAUCUACAAGAUGUAAGGUCAAAAAUAUUUCCAUUCAAAAGAAAGAAGAUUAGUGCUGACGAAGUAGCAGCUCCUGUUUUACUUCCCAGUAAAAGGAAAGAGAGAUCUAUCUCUUCUCUGGUAGUUGAUACGCCUACAGUAACACCGACAGGCUUGACAGGGCGACGGACAAGAGCAGUUACCAGGAAAGCUGCUGCCUUGCGUGGCCUUGGUCCUGGUAUUGAUGAUCCUGUGAAAAAGGAAAUUGAUAAUGGUGAAAAGCAUGCUCAGAAUUCAAGCUUGCCCACUAAUUUGGGCAAAGUGCCACAAACAAGAAGACAGAUGUCAUCAAACGCAGAGGCAUCGAACCAUUCCUCCAAUAAAGAUACCGAAGGUGAUCGCAAGGACCUGGCCGAUAAGACUGAUGAGCUCUGGAGACCUUUAAAUUGUUUGGUAGAAGCUGCAAACAGGACAAAGUCCUCCCGAUCAAGUUCACAGAGUCCAUUUGUUAAGAGAGAGCAACUUAGUGACUCUCCUGGGAGCACAUCUGUUAACAAAACAAAGUCUAGGGAAUAUAUGCAGAAAUCCAAAAUAGAGGAUGAUAAGAAAGAUGUACCUUUGCUAAAAAGGAAAAACCAAAGGACUGGACGGAGGAGAGAACUUCAUGCCCAAUCUGAUAGUAAGCCUGAAGCUGCAGCUACACAAAACGAAAAGAAAUUCAGUUCUAUAUGGUUUUCACUUGUUGCAUCAUUUGAACAGGAAGGAGACCCACCUUUACCACAGAUACCUUCCCAUUAUUUGCGAAUAAAAGAUGGAAACAUACCUGCCUCGUCAAUCCAGAAGUACCUCAUGCAGAAGCUUGGCCUUCCUAACGAGGCAGAGGUCGAAAUAAAUUGCUGCGGGCAGCCAGUGAACCCUACACAACCCCUGUGCAAUUUAGUAGAGGUGUGGUUGAGGGGGCGAUCAACACAGACAACACAGACCAUGAUAGGCUCCCCUGCCAAGGAGUUUGUAAUGGUGCUAACUUAUGGGCGGCCAAAGGCCAUCACGCCAUGAAUGGCACCACAAACACAAGGCUCAAGCCAUUUUUCGCCUAGAGGCGGGUCCCGUUUCCUGCCAUUUUAUUGGGCCCAUGGAAGAAGAGGUGAUCCGAGAUAAACCUCCUUGAUACAUACAUAGCCUCACAAGUCACAAUGCGGUUGGCUCACUUGGCAGCCAGCCCUUGGCGUCACAUUCAUAUGCAUUCAUUGAUGUUAUUCGAUUCCAUUAAGAUUGUCUUUUUCUUCAUUAUUUAUAUUAUACAAAAAGGUGUGUAAAGAUUAGCAGAAAAAAGGCUGUUGUGAAUUAUCUGUAUACCUGUAGUCAUUAUUGCUGUUUAGGUUGGUUAUAAAGAGUCUAUAUGUAUGAGAUGACUAGAUAAAGUGGAUGUGGAUCGCAAAAUUUGUCUUCCAGCCGUUUCAUGGACUGCUGUAACAGUUACUAGAUCGUUAUUCUUUUUGGAGAGCCCA